AUGAAAAGGCGCAGCGCAUUUUUUGCGACGAAUAAGUUCGGUCUGCUUGCAGGGCUGGCCUAUCCGGAUCUCGAUAAAGAGCGCUUCCGCACGAGCUGCGACCUCAUGAACAUCUUUUUCGUCCUCGACGACCUCACCGACGUGGCGACUGCAUCCGAGGUGCGGGAGAUGAGCAACGCCGUGGUGGAUGCUCUCCGCAAUGCGGAUAAGCCCAGGGCGCAUGAUGAAUGGGUAGGUGGGGAGAUCGCACGACAGUUUUGGAUCCUCGCCAGAAACUACUUCGCCCUUCGCCGGGUCACCGUCGGCCUCAAGCCAUCCUUGAUGAUUUUUGAGUUUGGAAUGGAACUCCCCCGUGAGGUUUUGCAGCACCCAACCAUAGAGAAGCUGUCACUGUUGUGUACCGACCUGAUACUUAUUGAUAAUGACAUGGCGUCCUACAACAAGGAACAGGCAUGUGGAGACGACAAGCACAACAUCGUUGCGAUUGCCAUGGACCAGCUCCACUUGGAUGUCCAGGGCGCGAUGAACUGGGCCGCCGACUACCACGCCGCGACCGUACGGCAGUUUAGGGAAGUGUACGAGACCAUCCCCCGCUGGGGGGGCCAGGUUGAUCUGGACAUUGAAACCUACGUGGACGGGAUGGGAAACUGGGUUCGCGCCAACGUCCAGUGGAGCUUCGAGUCGGAACGAUACUUUGGGAACAAGAGCGGCAGGGUCAUGACGACACGGAGAAUGUCGCUAUUGCCUAGAACGCGGCCCGAGGAUGUUGGGCUCAGUGAAAUAUGCGCCGUCAAGGGAUAA